AUGGCUGGGCAAUCACCAUUUUCCCUGUCCUCCUCUUAUGGAUGGACUUAUGAUGUGUUUUCUCAAUUUCAGAGAUAUCAAUAUGAAUAUGCUUUGAUUAAAGCAAUUGUUAAAGAGGUCACUAAGAGAGUUAACCGCAAGCCUUUACACAUUGCUGAUUAUCCAGUUGGACUUGAGUAUCGAGUGCGAAAAGUAAAUUCUCUUCUAAAUGUUGAAUCUAAUGAAGGGGUCCAAAUGGUAGGAAUAUGUGGCACUGGUGGAAUAGGAAAAUCAACAAUUGCUCGAGCAGUAUGCAGUUCGAUUGUGGACUCAUUCGAAGGCUUUUGUUUCCUUGCUGAUGUUAGAGAAAAUUCAAUUAAUCAUGGCCUAGCAUAUGUCCAGGAAAUGCUUCUUUUCUGAACUUUGGAGGAGGACAUCAAGUUAAGAGAUGUUAAUAAAGGAAUUCCAACAAUAAAGCAUAGGCUCCACAAAAAGAAGGUUCUUCUUGUUCUUGAUGAUGUUGAUAAGCCAAAGCAAUUACAAGCAAUUGCUGGGGGACUUGAUUGGUUUGGUUCUGGUAGUAGAAUCAUUGUAACAACAAGGGAUCAGCAUUUGCUAGUAAGCCAUGGUGUUAAAAGAAUUUAUGAGGUAGACUGUUUAAAUAAAGAAGAAGGUCUCGAAUUGCUUAAAUGGCAUGCUUUUAAACAAAGUAGUGUUGAUUCAAGUUGCAUGGGCGUUUUAAACAAUGUAGUACUCUAUGCUGGUGGUCUUCCAUUGGCGUUGGAAGUUAUAGGUUCCAACUUGUUCGGUAGAGAAACAAAUGAUUGGAAUUCUGCAUUAGAAAGUUAUCGUAGUAUUCCAAUUAAAGAGAUCCAACAAAUCCUGAAGGUAAGCUAUGAUGCUUUGGAGGAAUACGAACAGGAAAUCUUUCUUGACAUUGCUUGCUGCUUUCAAGGUGACAGUUUUGAAUAUGUAAGAAGUGCAUUGUAUGCACGUGGUAUAUGCCCGGAUUAUGGUGUUCAAGUGUUGAUUGAUAAAUGUCUCAUAAAGAUGAAUCAUGGUAAGGUGACGAUGCACGAUUUGAUUCAAGCCAUGGGUAAAGAAAUUGUGCGACAGAAAUCACCAUAUGAGAGUGAAAGCGCACUAGGUUGGUUUCAUAAACAUUCUUAA